AUGUACAGCCAAGAUAAUAAAAGACCAAGGAGAUUGCUUAGAGAGACUUUAAAAACUCUCUCUUGUUUUCAGGUCAUCCCCAGUCUCCAAUAUUCAUGCUUCAGGAGAAACUUAAGCUACAUACCAACCAGUGUGCCUCCCUCCACACAACAUUUGGACUUCAGUUUUAAUUACCUCACAACAUUGCAGAGACACUCGUUCCAGAGAUUACCAUUACUACGACAUCUUGAUCUCACAAGAUGUCACAUACAAAACAUUGACAAUGAGGCCUUCUUUAACGUAAGGAAUUUGUCUGUUUUGAUUCUCACUGGAAAUCCGCUUAAAUAUUUUGGAGGAAACAGCAUUAAUGUUUUAGAAAAAAUACACAAGCUUUUUCUAGUAGACAUUGGUCUGCUCUCCUUGGAAAGUCUCAAUUUACAGAAUUUGACGAGCAUAAAGGAAUUAAAAAUUGGUACUAACAGAUUAUUUUCUUUGGCCCUUCCUAUGUAUGCUGUUAGUUUCAAGGACAUUGCAUUACUGGACCUUCAUGAAAACAAUAUAUCUGUCAUCAGAGCUGUUCACACGUCUGUUUUGCGUCAGAUGAGUAAUUUGACUUUAAUAUUGUCCGGAAACCCAAUAUCCUUCAUAGAAACUGGGGCAUUUAACGGCCUUUAUCUGGGAGAGAUCAAUCUACUUGAAACAAUCUCAUUCACAACUCCAGGAGAAGCUUUUGGAGGUCUUAGUGGUUUGAAUAAACUGGUCAUCAUUGGCAAUCAAUAUUCACCAAUAUAUAGAACCUUUGCUGAUUUACCUAGUCUGGAAUACAUUGAUCUGAGUAAUAAUAACUUGAUGAUGUCUUGCUGUAAUGCUGAAUUUAUCGGUGUUCCUAAACUCCGGUAUCUAAAUCUGAGUGAAAAUGCAAGAGUAAAAAUUAGAAACUUUGGACUUUUAAAUUAUUCAUCUCUAGAAAUAUUGGAUCUUCAUGGGACAAAGGUUGAACUUGUAGAUAAUAUGGUAAUUAUGCACAACCUUUUUAAUUUAAAAACGUUUGACCUUUCCUAUACACAAUUUACUUUUCAAAGUAAUGCUAUUUUUUAUGGUCUGAGCAGUCUGAAAGAAUUGAAAAUGGCUGGCAACAACAUUGAAAGGGAGAUUUUCAGCAAACUCUUUUCAAAUCUCUCAACUUUGGAGGUGCUGGAUAUAUCAAAUUGUGCCAUUAAAGACAUACCCUUCAAUUCUUUCCAAGAUUUACAUCAUUUGGAACACCUAACCCUAAGUGGAAACAAACUGACCACAGUGGACUUUCUCACCUGUCCAAGUCUGUCAAAACUAACCUCCAUUCAUGUAGACAACAACCACAUUGCCUCCAUCUCUCCAAACGUUCUUCAGAAUCUUCCUGCAGAUCUUUCAGUAGUAGAUUUGUCCUUCAAUUCCAUAGAAUGUUCCUGUUCUCAAACUGAAUUUAUUUCCUGGAUCAUUAAUCAUCAGUCAGUUUUAAAAGAUCCUCAACUGAUAUCAUGCAAAUCCUCAUCCAUGAAAUCCAGGGUGAUUAACUUUGACCCCACACACUGUGUUCACAUAAAGAGAGUGACAUUAGCCAUGUCCAUAUUAGCAGCUGUGAUUGCAUUCCUAUUGGCCGCAUUGCUGUAUAAGUACCAGUUCUAUAUACACUACUGCUUCAUAUUGCUAAGAGGCUACAGAAUGUCUAGACAAGAAGAAUUCACCUACGAUGCCUUUGUGAUCUACUCAAGCAAGGAUGAAACCUGGGUGUUGGAAGAGCUUGUGGAGAACCUUGAGAAAGGAAAGCCGAUUACCUCCAAUAUAGUGGAUGAAGGCAUCAUGGGUAGCCGGAAAGCUAUCGUGGUGGUGUCUCAGCACUUCCUAGACAGCUCCUGGUGCCAGUUUGAGUUUGAACUGGCACAAUCCUGGCUUGUGUUGAGGCGAAAUGCCAGCAUCAUCAUCAUCAUUCUGGAAGAUGUGGAAGAUAAGAAAAUAAGGAGACUGUUUGGACUUCAUAAGUAUCUGAAAAAGAACACCUAUCUCAAGUGGAAGGGGAACGUGCUAAGCAAUGUGCUGUUUUGGGCUCGUCUCAGAAAAGCCAUUAUGGCAAACAAAUGAAAAUGUCGAAAUUCAAAUUGCAAAUGCAUACUAAACAUAUAAAAUUAGAAGACAUCAGACUGUUUUGCUGGAAGAAUGUUUGAUGCUUAAAAUAUUCGCAUCUUCACCUGACAGGAGUCUCUGAACUAUCAUUGUUUUUAUAAUGCUUUUGUCAUUGUUGUGUGGUGGCAUAUUAGUUUAAAUGUUUUCAGGUCAAUUAUUGUCCCCUUAAAAUGGUACAAAACAACUGUUAUAGCCUACUAGACAGGUACAACCCAGACAGCUACAAAAUGUCUGUGUUCAAAAUAUUGCAUUCCUGCAAUAAAAUGCAGUACUGUGUAUCCAAGUGUUAUUCAGUUUUAUCACGUCCAAAAUAUUGCAUUUCAUGAUAU